AAAAACAUUAAUCUAUUAGUAUCAUUUUAUAUGAUGGCUUAUUUUGCAUCCAUCAUUUUCCUUGUCUUCGUUCUUAUUUUCUCUAGUUGCAGAGCACAAGUCAAAUUUGAUAAGAACUACAAACAAACAUGGGGAGAAGACCAUCUUACUGUCACUGACGGAGGCAAUGGUGUUUCUCUUAUGCUAAACGAACAACAUGGUGGAGCUGGAUUUAUUUCAUUAUCGGAUUUCGGUUCUGGCUUUUUCGAAAUAGAGAUGAAGAUUCCGAACAAAAAUACCAACGGAGUUAUCACGUCAUUCUAUUUACAAGAAGUUGCAUUUGGGAAACCAGUAGAAGGUGUAAACCACUUUGAAUUUGACAUUGAAUUUUACGGGAGAAAUUUCAGUACAAAUGUUUUCGCAAAAGAUCAAGGUCACAGGGAGCAACUGUUUCAUCUCUGGUUUGAUCCAACUGCCGGGUUCCAUAAGUAUCAGAUCCUUUGGAACCAACACCAGAUAGCUUGGUUUGUGGAUGGAGAGGCAGUGAGAAUAUGGAAGAACCUACAACACCGUGGAGUGGCAUUUCCAUCGCAACCAUUACACGUUGAGGCCAGCAUUUGGAAUGCGACUUUUGCCGGCGGGAAUGUGGAUUGGAGUCAAGCACCAUUUACUGCAUUUUACAAAGAUUUCGCCAUGAAUGCAUGCGUUUACCAGGGAUCAAACCCAAAGGAAUGCUAUUCCGAGAAAUACUAUUGGAAUCAAAAGCAGUAUUGGACAUUGACUCCAGCACAACAAGCUCAGUUAACUAAUCAUAGGAAAAAUCAUAUGUACUUUGAUUACUGUAGUGACAGCUCGAAAGCUGGUCCGGAAUGCAAAUUUAAUCAAUAGGAAUGAUUGUACCAAAACGUUCAUUCAAUAUUUCAUACCCAUAUACCACCAG